UCGAUUGAGGCGCCUGUACCUCUUUCUUCUGGCAGUUUCGUACCAGUAGACUUGUUGACUUGUGGCUAUGGCGCCGAAGGAAGCAGCGAAGAAGGCGGAGAAGAAGCCCGUCAAGGCGGAGAAGAAGGUGGUGAAGGAGGGCGGCAAGAAGAAGAGAGUAAAGAAGUCGACCGAGACGUACAAGAUGUACAUCUACAAGGUUCUGAAGCAGGUUCAUCCUGACACUGGUAUAUCGAGCAAGGCGAUGAGCAUCAUGAACAGCUUUGUGAACGACAUUUUUGAGAAGUUGGCAGCGGAGUCGUCAAGGCUGGCAAGGUACAACAAGAAGCCAACUAUCACGUCUCGGGAAAUUCAGACUGCUGUGCGGCUUAUUCUACCUGGUGAGCUGGCAAAGCAUGCCGUGUCGGAGGGAACCAAGGCUGUCACGAAGUUCACAAGUGCUUGAGCUUCUCCUCAUGCUGCGCCGCCUUCUUUACUCGCGUCGCUUACAAUUCAUGGUGUUUUUUAACACCACCUGUACAUUCAUGGAUAUUUGUCUCACCUGAUGUUGCACGCUGGACCGUUGGCUCUGGAUGUGAAUUCAGUGGAAAGCUGAACUGCCUCAACUCUGGAGCGCAAGGGUUGUGAUAAGUGAGUACGCUGUGUUUCUUGACAAUGAUCUUCCCCGCAGAGCGAAUUUGAUCUUCUAGAGUGAUCUUCUCAUUUUUGCGGUUCUCCAAUGUGGUCGUGCGCUAAUUUCCGAGUUUUCUGUUGAGCUUGAGUUCCCUAUUGUGCUUCUGUUCUGUGUUGCGUGUUUCUUUAUCGUGCAUGUUAGCUAUUUUGCGUCUUGUCUGUUGUGCGCGGGCUGUAGUUACGCGUUGUAUGGAGCUGUCAUUGGAGUCAUGUACGAUGGAUUUGUUGUCAGACGCCGUGGGGUUGUAGGAGGUGAUCACAGAACGUAGUAAUUACGUCAUUAGUGAAGCGCCACAUCGCGAUCCUGGUUUGUUGCUGUCUGAAAUAUGCUUACAGAGUUGUGAGGAUGCUACUAGUCGAAUCGUGAGUUGGGUUCGUGGCGAUCAAUUCUUGCGUGAGCACUUGAUGAUAAUUAAAUCCAAUGCACUGGGGCGCAAAAGAGAGAGAGAGAGAGAGAGAGAGAGAGAGAGAGAGAGAGAGAGAGAGAGAGAGAGAGAGAGAGAGAGAGAGAGAGAGAGGUCAUGCCCUGUCCGAUGGAAGCUAGGCGACCGAUUAGGGUUGGAAAGCUGGGCUCGGGUAAUCACACGCUAGACAGCAGAUGGGGUUCGGAGAGCAGACCGUGGACGAUGGAGUGGUCUCGCCCCUAACCACUCGCCUCUUUUUCAUCCGGGAGUGCACAACGCCUCUUUCUCUUUGUAACACUGCACAAAAAUUGGCUUUUACCCACCCGAUCCUAAACUCUCUCUCUGAGGACAUGGGUUUGUCUUUGUUCUUUUCGUUUUGGACUUAACGUGUGCCCGCAUCAGCAGAGUUUGGUUCAGAGGUUUUAGGUUCGUUCUUUACGCUGUUCAUUUGUUUGUGAAGGAGAGGUUGGAAACGAAAUGUAUUGUAGUGUGAUAUUCAGACACACACACCGACGAAACAGUAUGGCACAGUCAUGCUUUUUUGAGUGUAUAGUGCUUAUGACAACCCAGAGAGAGAGAGAGAGAGAGAGAGAGAGAGAGAGAGAGAGAGAGAGGCGUGCGGCGGGGAUGAAGAGUGCAGAGGGUUGGACUGUGAGGAUACGGAUGAAGCGGGAUAGCAUGAUACGUGGUGUUCUCGAGAAACAUCAUUUGUCGAAAAGAGUUCUCUCAGGGCAUAUUCACACUAGCACUAUCUUUAAUAUAUCUAACCACCUUUAACACGGUGUUGUUUCCUUUUGUCUGAACAGGCACUAGUGGAUUCCAGUUUUGGCCGUUGCAGCGCAGGUUUGAGUUUCGUCUGCAUCUGAACUGGAUCAGGCACUUUUCUGUAGUGCCUGGCCAGUCCUCAGUCAUGCUGGACCAGCCGUGCUGCAUCAGGAGGGCCGCUUGGAUGUUCGGUAGGGAGGGACCCACAGAGGCUGACUUAUUCGAAAGAUGCAGGGCAAGGACUUGGGCCUGUGACCAGGACCAUUGACUGGACUCUAGAUCAAAUGGUCCUGCCUGGUUGCAGACCGAGGGUAGCUAAGACAGGCCCAGCGGUAUAUAGCUGGGCCAGGCCUUCAGUUUGAGGACAGAGUGAUGGAACAGGCACACGAGUUGAGGGGCACGCUGAAUGAGUACAGCAGCAGUUUGGGAGAGCUGCGGUCGAGUACUAACAUUAGAGUAGGAGAGUAGUCUGGAGUUGUGUGAGGUUGGCGGUGGCCAUAACCACGUGGGAGAGAGAGAGACUUACCCGGGCACCAUAGCUGGGACUUCGGUACUGUCUGUUGCGUGCCUUCUUCAGGGAUCUGCAUCAGUUGAGCCAUCAUCCUCCGCUGGUCGGUAUUAGUGGACACCAUCAUCAGGAGAGAGAAAGGAGAGUUCUUCUUCUUCUUCUUCUUCUUCUUUUUAUUCUUCUUCUGACCCUCCAUAGUCUCUACUUCCUUCCUCUUCAUCCAGAAAGAGAGCUUGCGGAGUGACUUUUUGGGCCUGAUAGUGCCAAGGAUUCAGAUUCAACAUUUCGAGGGAAAGACUGUUGGACUCUGUUUAGGGAGACUAUUGUCAACUAAUUUAAGCUAUUAUUCCUGUCUCUCCCUUCCCUUUUAUUUCCUUCAUCUCCUCCCACCUGCAUCAUCCGUGGUUCUUCUACCCAUGUGUGUCUGUCCAAGGAGGCACCUUCCGUCCAAUGGCAUGUAUGUGUGCCCUCCUUGCCCUUUUACAUGUGUAAAGAUGGUUGUGUGUCGAGUUCUGAGCCUACUGAGUUGAAUCAUGUUUUGAG